AGGCGAGAGGGAGAGGUAACUGCUCCUACCUGAUACUGCAGCCAUGGAGUCCAUGCUUAAUAAGUUGAAGAGUACUGUCACGAAAGUGACGGCUGACGUCACCAGUGCUGUCAUGGGAAAUCCGGUCACCAGGGAGUUCGAUGUUGGUCGACACAUUGCCAGUGGGGGCAGUGGGCUAGCUUGGAAGAUUUUUAAUGGCACGAAAAAGUCAACAAAACAGGAAGUGGCUGUUUUUGUCUUUGAUAAGAAGCUGAUAGACAAAUAUCAAAAAUUUGAAAAAGAUCAAAUCAUCGAUACUCUGAAACGAGGAGUCCAACAAUUAACUCGGCUACGACAUCCGCGACUUCUUACUGUCCAACAUCCGUUAGAAGAAUCCAGAUUACUGUUUUUCUUUCAGAAAGUGGAAGCUGAGGUCAUUGAUCUGAAACUGCUCUUUUCUAAUGUUUCUGAAGGGUUAUCAUUUUUGCAUAGCAGUGUGAAAAUGGUUCAUGGAAAUGUUACUCCUGAAAAUAUAAUCUUGAAUAAAAGUGGAGCCUGGAAAAUAAUGGGCUUUGAUUUCUGCGUAUCAUCAACUAAUCCCUCGGAACAAGAGCCCAAGUUUCCUUGCAAAGAGUGGGACCCAAAUUUGCCAUCUUUAUGUCUUCCAAAUCCUGAGUAUCUGGCUCCUGAAUACAUACUUUCUGUAAGCUGUGAAACAGCCAGUGACAUGUACUCUUUAGGAACUCUUAUGUAUGCUGUUUUUAAUAGAGGAAAACCCAUGUUUGAAGUCAACAAGCAAGAUAUUUACAAGAGCUUCAGUAGGCAACUGGAUCAGUUGAGUCGUUUAGGAUCUAGUUCACUUACUAGUAUUCCCGAGGAAGUCCGUGAACAUGUAAAGCUGUUGUUAAAUGUGACUCCAACUGUAAGACCAGAUGCAGAUCAAAUGACAAAGAUUCCCUUCUUUGAUGAUGUUGGCGCAGUAACGUUGCAGUAUUUUGAUACCUUAUUCCAAAGAGAUAAUCUUCAGAAAUCACAGUUUUUCAAAGGACUGCCAAAGGUUCUACCGAAACUUCCCAAGCGGGUCAUUGUGCAGAGGAUUUUGCCCAGUUUGACUUCAGAGUUCUUAAACCCUGACAUGGUACCUUUUGUUUUGCCCAAUGUUCUACUGAUUGCUGAGGAAUGCACCAAAGAAGAAUAUGUCAAAUUGAUUCUGCCUGAACUGGGCCCUGUCUUUAAACAGCAGGAGCCAAUCCAGGCCAGCAACAUGAUUUUGUUAAUUUUCCUACAAAAAAUGGAUUUGCUACUUACCAAAACCCCACCGGAUGAAAUAAAAAACAGUGUCUUACCAAUGGUUUACAGAGCACUAGAAGCUCCUUCCAUUCAGAUCCAGGAACUCUGUCUAAACAUCAUUCCAACCUUUGCAAAUCUUAUAGAAUAUCCGUCCAUGAAAAAUGCUUUGAUACCAAGAAUUAAAAAUGCAUGUCUACAAACGUCUUCCCUUGCUGUAAGUAUUUACAAAUGUACUUUUACUCAUAAGAAGUUGGGAAUCACCAAAGAACAGCUGGCUGGAAAAGUAUUGCCUCAUUUGAUUCCCCUGAGUAUUGAAAACAAUCUUAAUCUCAAUCAGUUCAAUUCUUUCAUUUCCGUCAUCAAAGAGAUGCUUCAUAGAUUGGAAUCUGAACACAAGACUAAACUGGAACAACUUCAUAUAAUGCAAGAACAGCAGAAAUCUUUGGACCUAGGAAGUCAGAUGAGUGCUUCAGAAGAGACCAGAGCUACGUUUGUUGGGAAUCAGCAGAUCGACAAGGUCUUUCACAGCAUUGGAGCCGACUUUCUGACUGGGGCGGAGCCGGACAAUAAGGAGGAUGGGCUGCCAAGUAAACUGAAAGGAGCGUCACUUACACUUGAAGAAAAACAGAAAUUGGCAAAAGAACAAGAGCAGGCCCAGAAGCUGAAAAGCCAGCAGCCUCUUAAACCGCAGGUGCACACACCUGCUGCUCCAGUCAAGCAGACCAAGGACUUGACAGACACAUUGAUGGAUAAUAUGUCAUCUUUGACCAGCCUUUCUGUUACAACUCCUAAAAUGCCUGCUACAGGUACCUUUACUUCUUCUGUUCCUUCGAUGGGCCUCAGCAUGCUUUCUGCUCCAAUUGAUAACACAAAGAGAAAUUUGACAAACGGCCUCAAUGCCAACAUGGGCUUUCAGACCUCGGGAUUCAACAUGCCAGUUAAUACCAACCAGAACUUCUUCAGUGGUGGAAGCACCCCAGGAGUGACCAAGAUGGCCAUGGGAGCACCUGCCGCUUUGCCAAAUUUCAAUGUUAUGAGUGCUUCUCCUGCCAGUGCAAAGCAGACUCCACAAAGACCCACGGAUAUGUCUGCCCUGAAUAAUCUCUUUGGCCCUCAGAAACCCAAAGUUAGCAUGAACCAGUUAUCACAACAGAAACCCAGUCAAUGGCUCAAUCAGUUUGUACCUCCUCAAGGGUCCCCAGGUAUGGGCAGUACGGUGAUGGGGACACAGAUGAACAUGAUAGGACAGUCUGCCUUUGGUAUGCAGGGUAAUCCUUUCUUCAACCCACAGAACUUUGCACAGCCACCAACUACUAUGACCAAUAGCAGUUCAGCCAGUAAUGAUUUAAAAGAUCUCUUUGGGUGAAGUCUUGCUCUCAUUUUUGAAGGAUUCCUUCAGUUUUAAUUGUGAGCGAGCGGAUUUUCAUCUUCAUGGUUGGCUUCGAGGAAGGUCUCUGUGGGAAAUUGAGUGGUUCUGUGACUGAAAGCACCUGUUUCCGUGUCAGCGUAGUGGUCACGCGGACUCCCAACCAGCUGCGUUUUUUAAAGCAUUGAGGACUCUUUUCCCCUCUUGCCAGCUCCUUCAGGUUUGUAAAGACCUAACCUGUCUCAAAGGUCUGCUGAGUAUCUUGAGUUUCAGCUGAAUUUUUCAAUUCAAUGUUUACUUGGGCUUGUGAAUCUUGGUGUAAUUUUAAAAAUGAAUGUAUGGUCAUUGCGAGUGUCCUCUGCUCAGUACUACAUGCUUACCUUCCACUUCACAAGCCAUCCGUCUGCGUUUGAAGACGUGGAAAUCUCAAUGCUAUUCUGAUUUGUGUGCAUUAGUCUGACUGAAUGAGAAAGUGAUAAGCGUAAAGAAAAGGUUGGACUAAUUACAUCUUAUAUUUCAAAUGAAUUAAAGUUUAGUAUGAAAGACUGAACAAAACCCACAAAAUUUAAUUUACUUUCCUUUUUCAAGCUACAAGCAUUGUUCGCCAUCUUAAAUGCAAACUAGUCAUUGUAAAUUAUAUUUUAGCAUGUUCUGCCUCAAAUAGUAAUGUAUUUUUCUGCAUUGACUUGGCUAUAUUUAGAAUCACUUUUCCUACUGUAUCAUAGACAAAAGAGGUAUAUACUGAUUUGUACAAAUAUUUGACAAAAGCACCUGAUGUGACUUCCUUGACUAUUGCCUUCAUAUUUUCAUUUUGAAUUCAAUCUUUUGAGGCUGCAGCAUAUAUGAAUUGCAUUUUCAGAAAGGAGAUUUGUAAGAAGUAAAUUAUAUUUAAUGAGUAACUUUUGAGAUUUCUGUAUUGUUUCAAAUGUAGUAAAUUUUACGUCUCUAAAAAUGAACAGUUCAUUGCAUCUCUGGCUACAAACAGAUCUAGUUUCAGGUGGCACGAUUACGUCUUACCUCAUCAAGUACUGGUACUGAAGUUCAAGUCUUCCUUUUCCGGGAACUUCAGCAACCGUUUGUUCUAACAUCUUAAUGCCCUUAGUGACUAUUUUGAGGAUGGAAAGAAUAGAUUCGUCUGACAGGCCACAUGAUUUGUUUUCCAAAGCCUUUCUCUGAAACUUCCAUUUGUUGCUUAUUUAACGGUGGAGCCUUAUGUUAUGUCAUGUGUGCUUUGUUAAAUUAUAUCCCACUGUAGGUGGUCAGUCAAAACGUAUCUUUAACAAAUUGUAUCUGUGUUGUAGUUGCUGCCAUAGAACCUGUGACUUUUUGAUUAUCUAGGACCAGCAAUCAUUUAAAAAAUAAAUCAUAUGAAGUUUAGUGUGCUGGUAUGAAGUUUAUCCAUUACCUAUGAGUAUUCUUUCAGUAUGCUUGUACACACUAUGUUUUUAGUUUAAAAUAUUAAAGAAUUUGAUGGCCGUUUCAUGGCCAGCAGCGUUUAAUAUGAAAGUACUUUAAAAAAAAUAAAAGGUCAACUUCUACAUCUGCUUUCGGUAUCUGCACUGUACUUUAUUAAGUGGUUUUAGAAAAAGGACAAAUAGUAAUGCUGAAGAAACCGACAAAUAAAAACAUGAGAAAAAUCAAAGCGUUUUUGUCAAAUGUGUUUAUAACUGGACCAGAGUACCUUGUUUGUAAUGCAAUAUUAAUACUUCUUUUGAGAAAAUUUGCAUAUGGAAUAAAUUGCUUAAUGUUGAGGGGUUUUUUUUUCUUUGUGAAACUUCAGUAGUCAUUGUUUACUGGGAAAUUGUUUUUAAUUUUGUUAAAUAACUUGAUGUCAGUGUUGAAUUCUACAUAGAAGGAAUACUUCCUAGAGUAUAUAACUUUAACUUCUAAAUGUAAGACUAUAUUAUUUCAAAAGAUAUAUGUAAUUCUUAAGUAAUCUUCACAGCUUGAAAUUUGUUCAUUAAUCAGGAUAACGGUGCUACAUUUUUAUAAAAAUUUCCUGUACUGUUUUCUACUUUCUUGAAGGUAUUUUACUUAAAUCAUUUCCAUCAACUGAAUUGUUCCCAUUGCCUUUUUCUGCUGAGAAAUUGCCUCUGAAAAUACUGAAUUGUGCUAUUUUUAGAUUGUUUCUAUAUGAACAACAUUUUUAAAGUACUAGAUAACUUUAAAAUUACUUCAGGUAUUCGCAACAUCAAGUCACUUAUUCUUACAGUAGAAAUUGGUAGAUUAAAAACAUUUUGUAGACAAAACUUAGAGCACAAUUUCCUUUAUUUGAAUCGGUUCUAUUUUCUCCUAGUGUGAAAGUGAGUGAGAUAUGUAGGAAGUGUAUAGAAGAAAAUGGAAAUAGCGUUAUGUAGCUGACUGUUUUAUCUUUUUGUUUCGUCUUUUGCAAUGCAUAAACCUUUCUUUACACUGAAUAAGAUAAGGAAGUAGGUUUUUGUUUUUCUAAAACUCUGUAAAUUACCUCACAUGAUUGCUUUUAAAUAUGAAAGGAAAAGGUAUAUGUGAAAGAUCCUGAUAGCAAGCACAGAGUAUGCACCAAAUAAAUUGUAGCUUUGGUAAAACUU